AUGAUGCUCCUAGUCAACAGCAAGACUAAGGAGCAGGUGGAAACCAUGCUGGAUUACCCCGUCCUCAAAACCCAUGCGCACGAGACUCUCAAUUUGAUGCGCCAGAUGAGACUUUCUCCACACUACACCAUUGGACAGAUCUUUAAGGAAUUCUGUCAGCCUAAGUGCAGAACGUGCCCAAAUUUUGGGCCGUUCCUCUACAUUCCAACUAUGCAAAGAUGUUGCUAUGAAUGCAACUUAUACAAUAAGUCGUACGGACUGGGAUCUGUCAAGAAAAUCUGCUACUACUUCGGAAUUGAGAAAGGGGACCUGAACGACAUCCAACUUGUCCACAAUAUUUGGCUUCAUGACCCCCACGACUGCAUGGCAAACAUCUCGCAGUGCAAGAACCUUGUAUCCAAGCUUUAUGGGCCGGAGGAGGCAGAGAUACUAGACACAACUGUCCAUAUAAUCGAAGGAGAAGGUGUCUAUUUAUCUGAAGUUGAACCGACGCCAUACCAACGGCACGGGAUUCCUGGGGGCGGAUGUUUCUGGAGCGAGAGGAAAAGGAAUCGCAUGAAGUUCAUGGCCACGGUGCCGUUCCCCUACUGGGACAAGCGGGCACAGGCUACAGAUGCAGGAGUCUACUGUACCGCUUGCGCUUACUUCUGGAGAGAGACGGUACUAUCCGAUGGGCGUGGGCCUUGGGGCUGCGAAGAACCUUGCCCAUUAGGCUGGGAAUCUUCCUUUCGAGCCUAUCGAGAGGCCGAUUUACCUCAGCAUGUUGAGACGUGUCUAAGCGUCCACGCAGUGGAGAUGAACCCUGAGCUGCGUCCUCAUGAUGGUAACUAG